AUGUGGCAGGGUCUCCGUCCUCUCACCGUCCUGGGGGCCCGUCCAGAAGCUCUGCCCUCAGUUACUUCCCUGUACGGAGUCUCCCUUGUAGAAUGUGAUCUUCUGAUUGGAUCCCUGGUGAUUGGUAGUAAGCACGCCGAGCUGGGGACCUCCCACUUCCUGGCUCACCAGCAGCCACCCCAUCCCCAGGACCAGUGUUCCUGGCUACCAGAUGAGGACCAACAGACCCUUGUCCCCUUCCUCAACCGAGCCCCCCAGCGACCCGUUCCCACCCGUGUUGAGGGACCCACUUGUCUGGAUGCUGCCCUGCUGUUGCUUCCAAGGCCCUCAGGGCCCUCCAUCUGCCCUGAUGUCGAACAGGUUGGGGGAGUCGGCCAUCCUGGCCCCAGCAGCCCUGAGGUCCAUCUGGGGAAGCUGCAGAUGAUGGGCAAGCUACUGUCGCAGCAUCACAGGAAUCCAGAGGCCUCCAGCUCAGGAAGCCGCUGCUGUUUGAUGGAAGAAUUUGGCUCUGAGCAGGAGCUCUGCUCUCGCCCUGGGAGGCCUCGGGACCAGGAAUGGGUUCCAGCCCGGGGUAGGGGCUCUGAGAGUUGGCAUCAGGGUCUGGACUGCAUGGAUGACUUUGACUCAGUGGGGCAGGACUCCAGUUCUACCAAGCUUCUCUCCAAGGACUUGAAACAAGACCUUUCACUUACUCCAAACAACCCUGUGGAUGCCCCCAGUUACCCAAGACUUCCAAAGACACGGAGGAGCAAUUUACCCCAUUAAACCAAACAGUGCACACAGAGCUGCACGAUGUGUCUCCUUGUACUCCAUUGUGGGGAAGCAGCUUUGACACUCAGAUGAAGGAGCAGAGAUGAAAGGAAGGGCAGCAGUGCCUUUGUCUGAGGCAGAAAAUUAAAAACCUUCUGA